AUGUCUGGAGGACCGUUACCAUCUCAACUCUGUCUCUUGUCAUCGUUACCUUAUCGCACAGAUGGCGAAAAGGUGCGAUUCCUAGGAUGCGUCCUCUCGUAUUCGACGUCUAGCGCCCGGCUCAUCCUGGGCCACGACCACCCCCGCGACACCAAUGUCACGGCCGUGGUCGACGUGCGUCUGAUUCUCGAGUCUUUGGGCUACGAGGACACGCGCGUGGGAGAAUGGGUCAAUGUCGUCGGCUACGUCAAGGCCAAGCGACGAGGACGAGGGCCCGGUGCCGGCGGUGGUGGUGGCUUGUCUGUCUAUGUCGAGGCGAUACUGGUGUGGCCGACUGGUCCGCUUGAUGUGCAGAGGUAUGAGAAGACGUUUGAGCCGGAUGCGAUAUGA